AUGGCUGCAGUCAAUGCCAAUGGUGUUAUGGGUACAAAAGGCACUGUCCCAAUCAUGAACGGCAGCUCCUCCUACGCGGCGAAGCACAAGCUGGCCGACCAUUUCAUCGGAGGGAACAAGCUGGAGAACGCUGCCCCAGGUCCCGUCAAGGACUUUGUCGCUGCUCACGAUGGCCACACCGUCAUCACUAAUGUGCUGAUUGCAAAUAAUGGUAUUGCGGCCGUCAAGGAGAUUCGAUCGGUGCGGAAAUGGGCAUACGAGACCUUUGGCGAUGAGCGGGCUAUCCAGUUCACUGUCAUGGCCACACCCGAGGAUCUGCAGGCAAACGCAGAUUACAUUCGGAUGGCAGAUCAAUAUGUUGAGGUACCGGGUGGAACAAAUAAUAACAACUACGCCAACGUGGAGCUGAUUGUGGAUGUCGCUGAGCGUAUGAACGUGCACGCGGUUUGGGCUGGAUGGGGACAUGCUUCGGAAAACCCAAAGCUGCCAGAGAGUCUGGCUGCGAGCCCUAAGAAGAUUGUGUUCAUUGGCCCCCCUGGGUCUGCGAUGCGAUCGCUCGGUGACAAGAUUUCCUCGACGAUUGUAGCACAACAUGCCAGCGUCCCGUGUAUACCAUGGUCGGGAACUGGUGUGGACCAGGUCGAGGUGAACGAUGAUGGUAUUGUUACCGUCGAAGACAGCGUCUACAUGAAGGGCUGUGUGCAAUCGUGGCAAGAAGGUCUCGAGAAGGCGAAACAGAUUGGCUUUCCUGUCAUGAUCAAGGCGUCUGAGGGUGGUGGUGGAAAGGGUAUUCGAAAGGCCGAGAGUGAGCAAGGCUUCGAAGCCCUCUACAAAGCUGCCGCAGGCGAAAUCCCCGGAUCCCCCAUCUUCAUCAUGAAGUUGGCUGGAAACGCCAGGCAUCUGGAGGUGCAGUUGUUAGCCGAUGAGUAUGGAAACAACAUCUCGCUCUUUGGCAGAGAUUGCUCCGUUCAGCGCAGACAUCAGAAGAUCAUUGAGGAGGCGCCGGUCACGAUUGCGAAGCCCGAUACUUUCCACGCCAUGGAAAAGGCUGCCGUGAGACUUGGUCGACUGGUAGGAUACGUUUCCGCCGGUACGGUAGAGUACCUUUACUCGCACGCCGACGACAAGUUCUACUUCUUGGAACUCAACCCCCGACUGCAAGUCGAGCAUCCCACCACGGAAAUGGUCACUGGUGUCAACUUGCCUGCUGCGCAACUGCAAAUUGCGAUGGGUCUUCCUCUGCACAGAAUUCGCGACAUCAGAUUACUCUACGGCGCGGAUCCUCAAGCCUCCGGCGAAAUUGACUUUGAUUUUUCCAAGGAGAACAGCUCCCUUACCCAGAGACGACCAAAGCCCAAGGGGCACACUACCGCCUGCCGUAUCACAUCUGAAGAUCCGGGAGAGGGUUUCAAGCCUUCCAGUGGUACGAUGCACGAGUUGAACUUUAGAUCUAGUUCCAACGUCUGGGGUUACUUCUCUGUAGGAACCGCAGGGGGUAUCCACAGCUUCUCUGACAGUCAAUUCGGUCACAUUUUCGCCUAUGGGGAGAACAGAUCUGCGUCGCGGAAACACAUGGUUGUCGCCUUGAAGGAGUUGAGCAUUCGUGGUGAUUUCCGGACCACGGUUGAGUACUUGAUCAAGCUCCUGGAGACUCCGGCAUUUGAGGGCAAUACGAUCACCACCGGAUGGUUGGAUGAGCUCAUCUCCAAGAAGUUGACGGCUGAGCGCCCAGAUCCCAUGUUGGCUGUUGUUUGCGGUGCUGUCUGCAAGGCGCACAUUGCUAGCGAGGCCUGUAUUUCCGAGUACCGAACUAGUUUGGAGAAGGGACAAGUGCCUGCCAAGGAUAUCCUGAAGACGGUCUUCCCCAUUGACUUCAUUUACGAUGGACACAGAUACAAGUUUACCGCCACCCGGUCGAGUCUGGACAGCUACCACUUAUUCAUCAACGGCUCCAAGUGCUCAGUCGGUGUUCGCGCCCUGAGCGAUGGCGGUCUCUUGGUCCUCCUCAACGGACGCAGUCACAACUUGUACUGGAAGGAGGAAGUUGGCGCCACUCGCUUGAGUGUUGACAGCAAGACUUGCCUUCUCGAACAAGAGAACGACCCCACGCAGCUCCGCACCCCGUCGCCAGGCAAGCUCGUCAAGUUCUCAGUUGACAAUGGCGAGCACAUCAAGGCCGGCCAAGCAUUCGCAGAGGUCGAAGUCAUGAAGAUGUACAUGCCGCUUAUUGCCGCCGAAGACGGCAUCGUGCAGUUCAUCAAGCAGCCAGGAGCCACCCUCGAGGCGGGUGACAUUAUCGGUAUACUCGCUCUCGACGACCCGUCCAGAGUCAUGACCGCCCAGCCUUUCCUCGGCCAUCUCCCCGACCUGGGACCACCACAAAUUGUCGGUACCAAGCCCGCUCAGCGAUUCGUCCUCCUGCACAACAUUCUGGUUAACAUUCUCAAUGGUUUCGACAACCAAGUUAUCAUGGCUGCUACGCUCAAGGAGCUGAUGGCUGUUCUACGCGACCCCGACCUUCCAUUUGGAGAGUGGAAUGCUCAAUUCUCUGCUCUCCACGCGAGAAUGCCCCAGAAGCUCGAUGCCACCUUCACACAGAUUGUCGAGCGUGCGAAGGUCCGCAAGGGUGAAUUCCCGGCCAAGAACCUGUUAAAGGCGUUUAACAAGUUCUUGGAGGAGAACGUCGCUCCUUCGGAUGUCGAUACCUUGAAGACUACCCUCUUGCCCCUGACUGAGGUUCUUGACCGAUACGUCGAGGGACAAAAGGUUCAUGAGUUCGAUGUAUUCUCCGCCCUUCUCGAGCAGUACGUUGCGGUCGAGAAGCUGUUUUCUGGCCGCCAAGCCCGCGACGAGGAAGUUAUCCUGAAGCUCCGAGAUGAGAACAAGGAGGAUAGCUUCAAGGUUGUCCAGACUGUCCUCUCUCAUAGCAGAGUCGGCGCCAAGAACAACUUGAUCCUUGCCAUUCUCGACGAGUACAAGCCAAACAACCCCAACGCGGGCAAUGUUGCCCAGUACUUCAGACCAGCUCUUCGCAAGCUUACCGAGCUCGAGUCGAGACAGACUGCCAAGGUUUCGCUCAAGGCCCGUGAACUCCUCAUCCAGCUGUCUAUGCCAUCUUUGGAAGAGCGCGCUGCUCAGAUGGAGCACAUUCUCCGAUCAUCCGUUGUCGAAUCGCGAUACGGUGAGACUGGAUGGGAGCACCGAGAGCCCGACCUUGAGGUCCUCAAGGAGGUCGUUGACUCCAAGUACACUGUCUUUGACGUCCUGCCCAUCUUCUUCGGUUACAAAGACCCCUGGGUCUCCUUGGCUGCUCUCGAGGUCUACAUUCGACGCGCAUACCGUGCCUACAACCUGAAGAAGAUCGAGUAUCACAACGACUCGCAAGAGCCUCCUUUCAUCGUCUCCUGGGACUUUGUCCUCCGAAAGGUUGGCGUAUCUGAGUUCGGCAUGCCUAUUCAAUCCGCGCCUUCUACGCCAGCCACCCCUUCCUACGAGAGAAGCAACCCCUUCAAGCGUGUCAGCUCGAUCAGUGACAUGACAUACUUGGUCAAGACCGGCGAAAGCGAGCCAACAAGAAAGGGUGUCAUCGUUCCGGUCCAGUACUUGGACGAGGCUGAAGAGUAUCUGCUGCGCGCUCUUGAGGUUUUCCCUACCUCUGACAGCCGCAAGAAGUCGUCUGCCAACGGACAGCUUAUGCCAGAUCUGAACGGCAAGCGUAAGACUCAGACUCCGGUCACUACCGAGGACGAGCUCACGGCGGUCUGCAACGUCGCUAUUCGCGACUCCGAGAGUCUUGAUGACAACGAGACGAUUGCCAGAAUCAAUUCCAUCGUCCAGGAGUGUAAGGAUGAGCUUCUCGCUCGCGGCAUCCGACGUCUCACGUUCAUCUGCGGUCACAAAGAUGGAUCGUACCCAGGAUAUUACACUUUCCGGGGGCCCAACUACGAGGAAGAUCAGAGCAUUCGUCACAGUGAACCUGCUUUGGCUUUCCAACUUGAACUCGGAAGACUCUCCAAGUUCAUAACCAAGCCCGUAUUCACUGAGAACCGCAACAUCCACAUCUACGAGGCUGUUGGCAAGGAUGUCGAGGGUGACAAGCGGUACUUUACUCGUGCGGUCGUCCGUCCAGGUAGACUACGUGAUGAGAUCCCAACUGCGGAGUACCUCAUCUCCGAGUCUGACCGACUCAUGAACGAUAUUCUCGACGCUCUAGAAAUUAUCGGCAACAACAAUUCUGAUCUCAACCAUAUCUUUAUCAACUUCUCCCCCGUCUUCCCACUGCAACCACCCGAGGUUGAGAAGGCUCUCGGUGGCUUCCUGGAGCGCUUCGGUCGUCGUCUCUGGCGACUCCGUGUUACCGGUGCUGAGAUCCGCAUCAUCUGCACCGAACCGACCACGGGCAUGCCAUAUCCUCUCCGUGUUGUGAUCAAUAAUACGUCCGGAUACGUCAUCCAGGUUGAGAUGUACGCCGAGCGCAAGUCCGAGAAGGGCGGGGAGUGGGUCUUCCAGAGCAUUGGGGGCACUACCAAGAUCGGCUCCAUGCAUUUGCGCCCUGUAUCCACGCCAUAUCCUACCAAGGAAUGGCUGCAGCCAAAGCGAUACAAGGCUCACAUCAUGGGCACGCAAUACGUCUACGAUUUCCCGGAGCUGUUCAGACAAGCUAUUCAAACCUGUUGGGUCAAGGCUGUCAGCAAGCACCCCUCUUUGGCUGAGAAGCAGCCUCCAGUUGGCGAGUGCAUUGACUACAGCGAGUUGGUUCUUGACGACAAGGACAACCUUGCGGAGGUCUUCCGUGAGGCUGGUACCAACACCCACGGCAUGGUCGGAUGGAUCGUGACUGCCAGAACCCCCGAAUAUCCUCGCGGCCGCAAGUUUGUCAUCGUUGCCAACGACAUUACGUUCAAGAUUGGCAGCUUCGGACCUAAGGAAGACCAGUUCUUCAACAAGUGCACAGAACUUGCUCGAAAACUUGGCAUCCCUCGUAUCUACCUGUCUGCUAACUCCGGUGCCCGCAUUGGUAUGGCUGAGGAGUUGAUUCCCCAUUUCAAUAUCGCAUGGAACAAUCCCGACAAGCCCGAAGCUGGCUUCAAGUACCUGUACCUGAAGGCUGAUGCCAAGAAGCGAUUCGAGGAUGGCAAGUCCAAGGAUGUCAUUACCGAGGAGAUCACUGAGGAUGGUGAAGUGAGACAUAAGAUCACUACUAUUGUCGGUGCUGAAGAUGGUCUCGGUGUUGAGUGUUUGAAGGGCUCUGGUCUGAUUGCCGGUGCCACCAGCAGAGCUUACGAGGACAUCUUUACCAUUACACUGGUCACUUGUCGAUCAGUCGGUAUCGGUGCCUACCUGGUCCGUCUCGGUCAGAGAGCUAUCCAAAUUGAAGGACAACCAAUCAUCUUGACUGGUGCCCCUGCUAUUAACAAACUUCUCGGCCGUGAGGUGUACACUUCCAACUUGCAACUUGGUGGCACUCAAAUCAUGUACAAGAAUGGUGUGUCUCACAUGACUGCCAACGAUGAUUUCGAGGGUGUGUCCAAGAUUGUCGAGUGGAUGGCAUACGUCCCCGACAAGCGAAACAGCCCACUGCCGAUAGGACCAGCUGUUGACUCUUGGGAUCGUGAUAUCGUCUACACUCCUCCACCAAAGCAGCCAUAUGAUGUGAGAUGGUUGAUUGCCGGUAAGGAGGACAACGAAGGAUUCAUGCCUGGACUCUUCGACAAGGAGUCAUUCGUCGAGACUCUCGGUGGCUGGGCGAAGACAGUCGUUGUUGGUCGUGCUCGUCUCGGCGGCAUCCCCAUGGGUGUCAUCGCAGUCGAGACUCGCUCGGUUGAGAACAUCACUCCUGCCGAUCCCGCCAAUCCUGACUCGACGGAGCAAAUCACCAACGAGGCCGGUGGAGUUUGGUACCCCAACUCCGCGUUCAAGACUGCUCAAGCUAUCCGGGAUUUCAACAACGGAGAGCAACUGCCGUUGAUGAUCCUGGCCAACUGGAGAGGUUUCUCCGGUGGACAGCGCGACAUGUACAACGAGGUCCUGAAAUACGGAUCGUACAUUGUCGAUGCGCUGGUUAAGUACGAGCAGCCAAUCUUCGUCUACAUCCCACCUUUCGGAGAAUUGCGUGGCGGCUCAUGGGUCGUCGUCGAUCCUACAAUCAACCCCGAGUUCAUGGAGAUGUACGCCGAUGAAGAUGCGCGCGGUGGUGUCCUCGAGCCCGAGGGUAUUGUCAACAUCAAGUAUCGCAAGGACAAGCAACUUGAGACCAUGGCCCGGCUGGAUCCCGAGUACGGUGCACUCCGCAAGCAGCUCGCCGACAAGUCCCUGACUCCCGAGCAAAUCUCCCAAGUCAAGGCGAAGGCUACUGCACGCGAACAGCUGCUGCUUCCUGUCUAUUUGCAAGUCUCACUUCAGUUCGCGGAUCUCCACGAUCGCGCCGGCCGCAUGAAAGCCAAGGACGUUAUCCGCCAGUCCCUCGUGUGGCGCGAAGCCCGCCGCUUCUUCUACUGGCGCGUCCGCCGCCGUGUCAACGAGGAGUACAUCCUCAAGCGCAUGGCGACUGCUUCCAAGAACCCUCUCGCUUCCCGCGCGCGCAGCCUCGAGACCCUUGCUGCGUGGACCGGGAUCCCGCAAUUCAAGACGGCUGAUAGGGAUGUGGCCAUGUGGUACGAAGAGAACCGCAAGACGGUGCACGAAAAGGUCGAGGCUCUUAAGGUAGAGGGCGUCGCGUUUGAUGUGGCCAGCUUGCUGAGGGGGAACAGCAAGGGGGGGCUGAAGGGCGUGCAGCAGGUUCUGAGCAUGUUGCCUGCUGCCGAGCGUGAGGAGGCGUUGAAGUUCUUGAGUCAGACUUAG